GCCACCUCACUGGAGCAAACUGAAGUCUCUAUUGGCCUUGAGGGACUGGUGUUUCACACUCUUUCACAGGUGGUUAGAAUAACCUGAGUUGGAAGGGACUCACAAGAAUCAUUGAAGCCCAACUCCUGGCCUUGCACAAGACAGCCCCAAGAAUCACACCAUGUACCUGAAGAUCAUAUAUGCAUGAUUGCAGAGCAGCAAUUCCCAUCUGAAACUCUGGUUUUACUUGCUUUUGUGAACUGUAUGUCAGGACAGUUCUUGCACAGUUAUGUGCCUGGUAUCAGUGAAACUUCAAGUUCUGCAGGGAGGCAGCUGUUUGUUAAUGGUCUAAUGACGCUUGGAUUCGCAGGUGCACGUCAACAGAGUGAGCUCUGCAAUGAAUCUCUCAUGUUAGAAAAGUUGCCUGCCUGUGGAAAAUCCUUUGAAGAGAUGAUGAAGAGAGUGGACUCAAAAAAGUGGUGCAACCUUACAGAAUUUAUCAUGUAUUACGACAACUUUACCCAGUGCACAGAACGUGAAGCCAACAAUGCAAGUUGCUUUUGGCCAAACCCCCUUGCAGAAGGCUUUAUCACUGGAAUUCAUAAACAAUUCUUUUCAAACUGUACUUCAGAAAAGGUUCACUGGGAAGAUCCACCAGAUGAAAUUCUCAUAACACUGAUCUUGAUCCCGGUCUUGUUGACAUGUGCCAUGAUAACACUGGUAGUAUGGUGCAGCAAAAGAAGUGAUAUCUUAGUGUAAGUUCUUCCUCUGGGCUUUCUUUUUCUUCAUUUCUUUCUUCCCUAAACACUAAGAAAGGACCAUGAAGAGAGGAACAUGGCAUAAAGAUUUCAGAUCUGCUGAAACAGAACCAGUGAGAUACUGAGGUGCUCCUGUGAAUGAAGAGCUGCCUGCUGCUGCUGCGACACUGCUUCUGGCUUGACCAUGAGUAUUUUCUGGUGGAAAGCUCUACUUCCAUCAGGCCUCGUCAGCAUGGAAUUCACAGGCAGCCCCCAGAAACAGGAGGGUUUCCAUGGACCCCAUGUCUGCAAUAAGAGUGAAAUUACUUUCCUGUGGGCAAAGGUGGCUGGUAGAAUUUUCCAGAGCUGUAUGUGCGUAAUACUUACUGCGGGGGAAGUGAUAUCUCUUGAAGUUUCGUGCAGGACACUCAAGGUUUUCAUCUGUGAACUCUGUGACUUGGAGAGAUCCCUGGCACUGGAAUCGAUUAUGGAUAUAACCAGGUGGCAGCUUUUCUUAGAAGCUAGUCAAAAUCAUCAUUAUCAAAACUGGGAAGUAUUGUUCUGGCAAAGAAAUAACUUCUGUGUCCAGUGACUAUCUGCACAGGGAAAUUAUCCUGCCACAUUAUAAAAUAGUUCAGAAAAUUCCUUUAAGCAUGGCUGCUUGGAAUCGUAUGUCUUGCAAACAAACUUUGGGAGGAUACGUAAGUCCUACUUUACAGAGCCGGAAAAUGUGAAAGGAAAUUGGUUGAUUAUAAAUACACUAAGGAGUAAUGAAGAAACACCAGACUUUUCAUACACCAGACUCUUUAUUUUUCCUCUUUUAUAAUUAUUAUUCUUGAUGACUUGUGUUCACUGUAUACUCCCCACUCUCACUCCAAUUUGUGCAAGUGAUAUUCAACAAAUAAAUAUAAAGGUGGCAUGUUGAUUGAGGUGCCUUUCAGAGUAUUGUACAUAAAUAAUUCUUUGUCCUGUGAAGAGUAUGGGAAUUAAAGUAUGAACAUCAAAACUUGGAAUAGUAGUAGGAGGAAAGAGAAAAAUUCAACUCAGAAAUCUUAUUCUAUAAAGUUAUGUAAUAGUUGAAAUAAAGAUCAUAUGCUCAAAACAAAAGAACUACUCUGUUGCAAACCUUCUUUUCACAACAUGCCUUUCAGUUCAGUGCUCUUCUAUGACUGUGCAAUGUCUGUUACAAGUGACUUUUCAUUUUCCCAUACCUUAUGCACACAAAUAAAAUACAGUUGAAUGGCCGAGUAAUUGUGCUUUAUAUAUUUUAUAGUUAGAUUUUCUCCUGUGAGGUUCUGGCUCCAUUUUUGAGACUUAGGUCUAUGAUUAUGAAAAGCAUUUCCAUGCUUAAAUCAAAUUAGAAGUGCUCAAUUUACUAGAUUAUUUAUCUACAUACAUUGUGUAAAGAUAAAUAAAUAACCCUUAUAAGCUGUA